AGCGCUCAGCCCCUCCCCACGCCCUUGGCCGUGCCUCAGUUUCCCCCUGCGAGAGGCUCUGGAGUGAGGCUGAGGCUGAAGAGGAAGGAAGCCUUGAGCCACCUCACUCUGCUCUUGGCUGCUGCAGGUAGGGAGGGGAGGAAGCUGCUGCCACCGCAGCCGUCGCCGUCCCCUCCCUGACGUCACGGGUGACACCGGGGCUGGGGAGGCUCCGCCACGCGCUGCCAGAAAGGGCCCCUCGUGCCAAGGUGUGGUGUCAGCUGGGGCUGAGGCUGCUGGGGCCAGGAGGGUCCCCCCCUCGCUCCCUGCCUGAGCUGGGAUGAGCCACCACGAGCCGGGCAACCCGGCCCAUGCCACCUUCGAGAGGUUCCUGCGUGCCGGGGAGUGCCAGGAGGUGCUGAGCUGCUUCAGGGAGCUGUGCCAGCAGCUGGGGCUGCAGGGCAGCGGGCUGCAGCUCUACCAUGGCCUCAAGGCUGCCCUCAACUACUGGAGUGCCAAAGCUCUGUGGAGCAAGCUGGAUAAGAAAGCCGGGCACAAGGACUACGAGCAGGGCACAGCCUGUGCCAGCACCAAGUGCCUGGUGGUGGGUGCUGGGCCGUGCGGGCUGCGGGUGGCCAUCGAGCUGGCGCUGCUGGGAGCCCGCGUGGUGCUGCUGGACAAGCGCGGCUCCUUCUCGCGCAACAACGUGCUGCACCUCUGGCCCUUCGCCAUCCACGACCUGCGCGCGCUGGGCGCCAAGAAGUUCUACGGCCGCUUCUGCACCGGCACCUUGGACCACAUCAGUAUCCGGCAGCUGCAGCUGAUCCUGCUGAAGGUGGCUCUGCUCCUGGGGGUGGACGUGCACGUCAACCUGCACUUCAAGGGGCUCGUGCCCCCCACGGACAAGGCUGGAGGACAGGGCUGGAGGGCUGUGCUGCAGCCGGGCUCCUCUCCCCUCAGCCGCUACGAGUUCGACGUGCUCAUCUCAGCCGGCGGCGGCAAGUUUGUCCCCGAAGGGUUCAAGAGGAAGGAGAUGAGGGGGAAGUUGGCCAUCGGCAUCACCACCAACUUCAUCAACCGCCACAGCCGGGCCGAGGUGGAGGUGGCCGAGAUCAGCGGCGUGGCCCGAAUCUACAACCAGAAGUUCUUCCAGAAUCUCUACAACAAAACAGGCAUCGACCUGGAGAACAUUGUGUACUACAAGGACGACACUCAUUAUUUUGUCAUGACGGCCAAGAAGCAGAGUCUGCUCAAGAAGGGGGUGAUCCUGCAGGACAAAGCAGACAUCGAGAGCCUCCUGUCCCCCGAGAACAUCAACAGAGAUGCCCUCCUCAGCUAUGCCAAGGAAGCUGCCAACUUCUCCACCAACUACCGCCUGCCUGAGCUGGAGUUUGCCCUCAACCACCGGCAGCUGCCCGACGUCGACAUGUUCGACUUCACGUGCAUGACGCGCUCGGAGAACGCGGCGCUGGUGCGGGAGCACAACGGGGCCCGUGUGCUGCUGGGGCUGGUGGGGGACUGCUUGGUGGAGCCCUUCUGGCCUCUGGGCACUGGCGUGGCCAGGGGCUUCCUGGCUGCCUUCGACGCGGCGUGGAUGGUGCGGCGCUGGGCGGCCGGGACGCCUCCCCUGGAGGUGCUGGCUGAGAGGGAGAGCAUCUACCAGCACCUCUCACAGACCUCCCCAGACAACACCAACAAGAACAUCAGCCAGUACAGCAUCGACCCGGCCACGCGCUACCCCAACAUCAACCUGCAGGCCAUCAGAGCCAGCCAGGUCCAGGACCUCUACCUCACAGGCAUGGUGGAUGUGGACCACAGGAGGAAAAGCGACAACCAGCUCAGCACUGCAGUGGCUGGAGAUGCCUAUGAGGAGCUGCUGAGCUGGUGCCAGGCCAGCACUGCUGGGUACCGUGGCGUGGCAGUGACCAACUUCAGCACGUCGUGGAGCAGCGGCUUGGCGCUCUGUGCCCUCAUCCAUCGCUUCCGCCCCGACCUGCUGGACUUUGGCUCUGUGGACUCCCAGGAUCCCAUCCAGACCCAUCAGAUGAUACUGGACUUGGCAGAGCAGGAGCUGGGCAUCCAGCCCAUCCUCUCCAGCGUGGAGAUGGCCAACGUGACAGAGCUGGAUCGCCUGGGGCUCAUCACCUACCUCAGCCAGUUCUAUGAAGCCUUCAAGGGCUCUCCAGAGGCAGAGGUCAGCAAGAAGCCAGCGUCAGCGGGCGGCACACGAGGGGCCAUCCUCUUCCUCAGCAAGCUGCAGAGGAGCCACAACCUGACCCUCAAGCGUGCCCAGGACAGUGCCCAGAAGGAUGUUGAAGCCAAGAGGAUUCACAGGGAUGCCGAGCUGGACACGGAGCUGAGUGCAGACACUUUGGAGACUGUCCCCAAACCAGUGCAAAGUGCCACCAUGGACCCAGGGCAGCCUCGGGACAGCAGCGACCGCUGUUACUUCUGCGGCCGCCGCAUCUUCCUGCUGGAGCGCUGCAGCGCCCACGGCCGCUUCUUCCACCGCGGCUGCUUCCAGUGCCGGAGCUGCGGCGCCACGCUGCGCCUGGGCGAUUACUGCUUCCACCAGCAGCACGGUCACUUUUACUGCUCACUUCACUACCCCGGUGCAGCUGGGAUGGAGCUGGCCCAGGAUGAGCCCCCAGCGCUGCCCAGUGCGGAUGCUGCUGCCACCUGCCCACCCUCAGAUGCUGGGAGCCUGUCUGAGCCCCCCACGGAGGGGGCAGCCAGCGCCCUGCAGCCCCCAGCAGCAGCCCCACACACAGGGAGAGAGCCUGGAGCAGCAGAGGAUGCUGCAGAUGCUGGUGACACAGAGGAGCAGGAGCUGCUGGCACAGUCUGGGGGCGAUGCCAGGGAGGAGCAAGAUCCUGCAGCAGAGCCCCAGGGGGCAGCAGAGGAGGGUGAGGAGAGCAGGGGCAGGAAGAAGAUUGUUCUCACGCCGACAGAGAAGCUCAAGCUGUCCACACUGAACCUCACCAGCGAGGCAGAGCUGGAGCCGCCACCAAAGCCAGCUCGGCUGCGGCUCCAAGCAGCACCCGCAGCCCUCCCUGCCCUGUGGCAUGCACCAGACUCCUGGGAGGAGGAGGAGGAGGAGGAGGAGGAGGAAAUGGGUGUGGAGGAAGCUUUGGAGGACAGUGACAGCAAAGAAGAGGAGGAUGAGGAGGAUGAGGAGGAGGAAGGCACAGACCUUAGCAUGAUGGCAGAGUCAUGCCUGGAGCUGGCUCCAGAGGAGAAAUAUCCCACGUGGAAGCGGACACUGACCCGCCGGGCCAGGGAAGCCCAGAUGAAGCGGUUCUGCAAAGCCCAGGCCAUCCAGAGGCGGCUGGAGGAGAUCGAGGUGACGUUCCGGGAGCUGGAGCAGCAGGGCAUUACCCUGGAGAAGUUGCUCCGGGAUGAGGAUGGAAGCCCAACUGACCAGAAGACACAGUGGCUGAACCAGCUUCUGUUCCUGGUCCAGAAGAAGAACAGCCUGAUGUCCGAGGAGUCGGAUCUCAUGAUAGCGGUGCAGGAGCUGAAGCUGGAGGAGCAGCAGUGGCAGCUUGACCAGAAGCUCCGGUGCUACAUGAAUAAGGAAGAAUCCCUGAAGACCCCUGAGGAUCGUGCAGCUGAGCAGAAGAUCCUGGUGCAGCUGCUGGAAGUGGUGAACAAGCGCAACGUCCUCAUCCACAUCCAGGAGGAGAAGCGGCUCAGCGAGCUGCAGUCCUGAGCCCUGCAGCCCCAGCAGCCACCACCUCGCUGCAGGGGGACCUGUGCUGUCCCCCACCCCAGCAAAGUGCCACCCUGAGCUGCCUGGGAAGGUGAUGAUGCCCAAGCUGCUGUGGUGUCUCCAGCUCCCUGCUUGCCAAAGCUGCUGUGGAGGGGCCGACCUGCUGGUGGAUGCCCGUGGGGGGAGACACUGAGGAGCAGCUUUGGGGUGCAGACAGGGCACCCCCACGCUUGGCUGCACUGGCUUUGCCUCGUGCUUGCUUGAAAAUGAGAUUUGCAGGGGCUGCAAAACAGGGGCUGUGGUGGCUCUGCCUGGGCUUUGCUACAGGAGGGAGCCCCAAAGGGAAGCAGGGUCUUGCCCAGCACUGCAGGUCCCAGAGCUGUCAGCCCUUCGAGGGGAUGCUGCCCCGAGGCUUGGCCAGGGCAUUGAAAGCCUCUGGUCUGCCAGAGUCCCUCAUGCUUGAGCUGCACCCCUGGCUGCCUCACAACAGGCUCCUGGCAAGGGAUCCCUCCAGUGCUGCCUGUCCCUGUGCCCCAGGCACCACAGGCAGGUCACAGCAGAGAUGCCAGGUGUGGAGGGGCUGCACCAGGAAACCACCCCAGGACAUCCUUCACAGCUGGGGAUAUCCAUCCUAACCCAGGAUAUCCAUCCUAACCCAAGGUACCCAUCCUAACCCAGGAUACCCAUCCUAACCCAGGACACCCAUCCUAACCCAGCAUACCCAUCCUAAUCUGGGACAUCUAUCCUAACCCAGGAUAUCCAUCCUAACCGAGGAUAUCCAUCCUAACUCAGGAUAUCCAUCCUAACUCAGGAUACCCAUCCUAACCCAGGAUAUCCAUCCUAACCCAAGGUACCCAUCCUAACUCAGGAUACCCAUCCUAACCCAGGAUAUCCAUCCUAACUCAGGAUACCCAUCCUAACCCAGGAUAUCCAUCCUAACUCAGGAUACCCAUCCUAAUCUGGGAUACCCAUCCUAACCCAGGAUACCCAUCCUAACCCAGGAUAUCCAUCCUAACUCAGGACACCCAUCCUAACCCAGGAUAUCCAUCCUAACCCAAGGUACCCAUCCUAACUCAGGAUACCCAUCCUAACCCAGGACACCCAUCCUAACCCAGGAUACCCAUCCUAACUCAGGAUAUCCAUCCUAACCCAGGACACCCAUCCUAACCCAGGAUAUCCAUCCUAACCCAGGAUACACAUCCUAACCCAGGAUACACAUCCUAACCCAGGACACUCAUCCUAACCCAGGACACCCAUCCUAACCCAGGAUAUCCAUCCUAACCCAGGAUACACAUCCUAACCCAGGAUACACAUCCUAACCCAGGACACUCAUCCUAACCCAGGACACCCAUCCUAACCCAGGACACCCAUCCUAACCCAGGAUAUCCAUCCUAACUCAGGAAACCCAUCCUAAUCUGGGACACCCAUCCUAACCCAGGAUACCCAUCCUAACCCAGGAUAUCCAUCCUAACUCAGGAUACCCAUCCUAACCCAGGACAUCCAUCCUAACUCAGGAUACCCAUCCUAACUCAGGACACCCAUGCUAACCUGGGACACCCAUCCUAACCCAGGAUACCCAUCCUAAUCCAAGAUUCCCAUCCUAACUCAGGACACCCAUCCCAGGCACACACCUCUGGCUCUACAGGUGGGCCCAGUGACAGUGAGGGCUGAUGAGAGCACCGUGCAUCGCUGCCCGUGGGUGCCACAUCCAUCCUGUGCCUGGGUGCUGCAGGGAGCCUGUGUCAGAGACCCCUCUGUGAGGCCUCUGGGCUGGGGAAGAGGCUUCGUGUUCAGCAGCUCACUGGGGGGACUGUGCCCAGGGUGUGACACCAAGGACAAGGGACGCUGGCAGCCGUGUCCUCUGUGCUUUCUCUUGCUUGCCAAUGCCACAGUGGCCUUAGCACAGACCUCUCAGACCUCCCUGGUUGCUGCAGGGUGGCCUCCAUGGCCAAAUGGUGCUUAUGGCAGCCCCAGCUGUGUUGGGUAUGGUGGUCCCAGGCAUGGGACCUUUACCCUCCGUGUUCAACCUUUGUCUGCCACUCCAAACCUCCUGGGUUUGUACCAGCACUUUCUAUCCUGCUGCAGCCCCUCCUCCCUUUGAAUAAAGCCUCCUCGACCCAGUG